UUAAUUGAAGCCCAUCCCACCGAGACUGCAUUCACCAGUUUGGAGCCCAGCACAUGAAAAUUUUUCCCAGAUCAAACUAUAACAAGUAGGGCAUUGGCUGUAGGAGGCUCGGCCUGGUCGCUGUGGAGCGCAAGCAGAGAGAUUUGAUCUUGUUUGUGACGUGCCUCAAACGGCCCCCCGAUUUCGACGAGGCUCUACACGCUUCUUUACCCCAGCCUCGCCGGCACAAACACCUGUAAAACUCCGCGUUCGCAGCAGCCUGUCCAUCUAACACCAUUUUCGCACAGCUGUCAACAACUCCUUUACACCACACUUGUACGGCCUUUCGCUGCCAGAAGCUCACGCUUGACGACCGCACACGAAGCCACACUUCCCCGCUUGCAAACAUGUCCGACACCGUGCAUCCUGAAGUGCUAUGGGCGCAACGCUCCAGCGACAGCGAUCCCGACAAGAACUACAUCUACCUCACGAUCACCAUGCCCGAUGUGCCUGCCGACUCGCUGAAGCUGGACAUACAGCCCACAUACGUCGAGGCGUCAGGCCACUCAACGACGAAGAACCUCAACUACAAGACCAAGUUAGAACUGUUCGCUGAGAUCGACCCGGCGAAGACCAAGAAGAAUCACACCGACCGCGACCUCGAGCUCGUGCUGUACAAGAAGGAGCUAAAACAAGAGUAUUGGCCACGGCUGCUGAAGGAGAAAGGGAAGGUGCACUUUUUGAGAACGGACUUUGACAAGUGGGUCGAUGAGGAUGAGCAGGAUGGAAACGCUGACGAUGAUGACUUCAUGAGCAAGAUGGGCGGAAUGGGUGGUGGACCUGGUGGUUUUGAGGACAUUGACUUCUCCAAACUCGGGGCCGGGCCUGAUGCUACGGGGGACGAUGAGGAUGGGGAUGAGAGCGACGAUGAAGAGAUGCCAGAUCUUGAAGGUCAAGAAAAGGAAGUUGUACCUUCAGAGGAAGCAAGCAAGGAGAAGACCGAGGAAGCUGCGUAGAUGGUCCUUUGACCUCUAAUAUCUUUGCGAUGCAAACCGAUCUUCAACUCUCGUAAUGGGUUGCAAAGUCCCGUGUCUCGAGUUUUCCAAGGCGCUGCCUCAGCAUCGGACUGUAGAUGUGGAUUGCUCGCUAUGACAGCGUUUGAUUCAAAUGUCCUUACCUCGACUCAUCACACUAAAUACGGAAUCAACACAUAAAUGAACAUUAGAAUACUUCCGCAGAUCACACGUAGGGAGAUCGCACAUGUGAAGACGUUGCUAGUUUGAUCUAAACGUCCAUAUUGAC